CAGAUCACACUUGACGCGCUCCGUUCUAAGUGGCAGAAAGCAACACGUAACUAACGCCAGGUAACCGCACACCGCCUCGGUACUGUCUGGCAUGAGGAUAAGAGUCCGCUAUGGCCGCCGACAGCUCCCCCUCGGGCGUUUAAACAGACGUUUAUAGCGGGAGAGGAGGAUGACGCAGGGGGUUUUUUUCCCACGGAGGAGCGUCACGUUUACGUGUUGACUUAAAGGAGAAGAAUAUCGCGAGUCACAAGACGUCUCCGCUCGGUUGCGUUCCCUCCUCCGCAGUGCGCGCGCACCCGCGCGGCGGCAACAGCAACGGCAACAGCAACGGCAACGGCCCAGUCGGCUCAACGGCUGUUUCGGAGGAUAACGGUCCAACGUUAAGCUCAUCAGCUUCUUUACGCUCGUCCUGUUGUGUGUGUGUGUGUGUGUGUGUGUGUGUGUGUGUGUGUGUGUGUGUGUGUGUGUGUGCUCGUGCCUGUGUGUCAAAACAUCCCAGCCAACGGACUCUGUCCUCUUGUGUUGACGCAAACAAACAAACAAGACGGGAUGGACACUUCCGGUUUCCGCACCGGAAGCCGCGACAGCCUCCACCACCCGAGUGACGUCGACGAUGACGACGAGAUGGUGGACAUCGCGGGCGCCACGCUGGACUUCUCCACGGACGACGACCCCCCCCUCGGCGCAGGUGAGUACGAGCAGCGCGGCGGCGGGGGGGCCGGCGGUCUGAACGGCCCCGGCGACCCCGUGGCCCCUCUGGAGGCCCCGCUGCCCGGCCUGGGCACCUACGAGGACUUCAACACCAUCGACUGGGUCCGCGAGAAGAGCAAGGACCGGGACCGGCACCGAGAGAUCACCAAGAGGAGCAAGCAGUCCACGGCGGCCCUGCUGCACAGCAUCAUGGACGCCUUCUCCGGCUGGCUGCUCAUGCUGCUGGUGGGCCUCAUGUCAGGCGCUCUGGCCGGUGGCAUCGACAUCGCGGCCCACUGGCUGACGGACAUGAAGGAGGGCCUCUGCCUGACGGGCUUCUGGUUCAACCACGAGCAUUGCUGCUGGACCUCCAACGAGACCACCUUCAAGGAGCGGGACCGCUGCCCCCAGUGGCAGAGCUGGGCGGAGCUCAUCACGGGCACCUCGGAGGGCGCGUUCGCCUACAUCGUGAACUACCUGAUGUACAUCCUCUGGGCUCUGCUCUUCGCCCUGCUGGCCGUGGCGCUGGUCAGAGCCUUCGCCCCGUACGCAUGCGGAUCGGGAAUACCCGAGAUCAAAACCAUCCUGAGCGGGUUCAUCAUCCGCGGGUACCUGGGCAAGUGGACCCUGAUCAUCAAGACCAUCACGCUGGUGCUGGCCGUGUCCUCGGGCCUCAGCCUGGGGAAGGAGGGCCCGCUGGUCCACGUGGCCUGCUGCUGCGCCAACAUCCUGUGCCACCUGUUCACCAAGUACCGCAAGAACGAGGCCAAGCGGCGAGAGGUGUUGUCGGCGGCGGCGGCGGUGGGCGUGUCCGUGGCGUUCGGCGCUCCCAUUGGAGGAGUCCUGUUCAGCCUGGAGGAGGUGAGCUACUACUUCCCCCUGAAGACGCUGUGGCGCUCGUUCUUCGCCGCCCUGGUGGCGGCGUUCACGCUGCGCUCCAUCAACCCGUUCGGGAACAGCCGCCUGGUGCUGUUCUAUGUGGAGUUCCACGCCCCGUGGCACCUGGUGGAGCUGGCGCCCUUCAUCCUGCUCGGCAUCUUCGGCGGCCUGUGGGGGGCGCUGUUCAUCAGGGCCAACAUCGCCUGGUGCCGCCGGCGUAAGUCCACCCAUCUGGGCCACUACCCGGUGAUGGAGGUUCUGGUGGUGACAGCGCUCACCGCCGUGCUCGCGUUCCCCAACAGCUACACGAGGAUGAGCGGCGCCGAGCUCAUCGCCGAGCUGUUCAACGACUGCUCGCUGCUCGACUCCUCGCAGCUCUGCGGCUACAAGCAGAUCAACGCAUCAGAACCGGUGGGUACCAGUUUGGCGGACCGGCCCGCGGGCGUCGGCCUCUACACGGCUCUGUGGCAGCUCGCCCUGGCGCUCGUCUUCAAGAUGAUGAUCACCGUGAUCACGUUCGGCAUGAAGGUUCCCUCCGGCCUCUUCAUCCCCAGCUUGGCGGUCGGCGCCAUCGCCGGCCGGCUGCUGGGCGUCGGCAUGGAGCAGCUGGCCUACUACAACCACGACUCCUUCAUCUUCAGAGGGUGGUGCUCGCCGGGGGCCGACUGUAUCACGCCGGGGCUCUACGCCAUGGUGGGCGCCGCCGCCUGUUUGGGUGGCGUGACCCGCAUGACGGUGUCGCUGGUGGUCAUCAUGUUCGAGCUGACCGGCGGCCUGGAGUACAUCGUCCCCCUCAUGGCGGCCACCAUGACCAGCAAAUGGGUGGCAGAUGCGUUGGGGAGAGAGGGGAUCUACGAGGCCCACAUCCGGCUCAACGGGUACCCGUUCCUGGAGCCCAAAGAGGAGUUCGGCCACAGCAGCCUGGCGGUGGACGUGAUGCGGCCCCGCCGGUCGGACCCGGCGCUCGCCGUGCUCACGCAGGAGGGCAUGACGGUCGGGGAGGUGGAGGCGUUGGUGGAGAGCACUCGCUACAGCGGCUUCCCCGUGGUCGUGUCCCCGGAGUCCCAGAGGCUGGUGGGCUUCGUGCUCCGGAGAGACCUGCUCAUCUCCAUCGACAAUGCCCGUAAGCACCAGGAGGGCGUGGUCAGCGCGUCCCAGGUGUUCUUCACGGAGCACGCCCCCCCGGCCCAGCCCGACGACGCCCCGCCCCCCCUGCGCCUGCGCAGCAUCGUGGACCUGAGCCCCUUCACGGUCACCGACCACACGCCCAUGGACAUCACCGUGGACAUCUUCAGGAAGAUGGGGCUCCGGCAGUGCCUGGUCACGCACAACGGGAGGCUUCUGGGCAUCAUCACUAAAAAGGACAUCCUGAAGCACAUGGCGCAGAUCGCCAACAGGGACACCGACUCCAUCCUCUUCAACUGAACCCUCUUCAUCGUCCGUCCGUCUCUCCUCCAGGAGAAGAGGGGGGGGAGAGAGAGAGAGAGAGAGAGAGACACCAGCUUGCACACUCGAAGAAAAAAUAAAAAGCACCUUUGACCUCUUUAUUAAAAGGCCGUGAGAGAAAGUAAGUCGAGCUCCGUCUGCACAGCGACCACAACAUGGCAGCUUCCUUAGUUUCUGAAGAUGGAGGCCUUCUUUCUUUCUUUCUCGUGGCUCUUCCUCACCGACGAUGCUGGCCCCCCAUUCAUUGUUCAACCCAGAAGGAUUGUGUGUGUGUGUGUGUGUGUGUGUGUUCCUUCUCUUUGCAACACAAGAAGAAGAGAGAGGCGGUUAAAGGGGGAACAGUUAAUCCCUGUGUCGCUGACGGGAGGAGUGGAGGAGUGGAGGAUGAAGAUGAAGAGGGUUAGUGGAGCUCCGUGCCGGGGCCUGCCCAGGCAGAGCACUCUGAGCUGGGCUGAUGGAUGCUCGGACACCCCCCUC